CUCAUUUACAGGUUAUGUUUACUACUGGCGAAGGAGAGGCACAGAGAAGGGGAUCCUAAGGGACUGAACAAUUUAGGCCUACCUCUAUCGUAGAGUAAAAUAUCGACAUUAUAUUUUGCUGUUCUCGUUGUGCAAUAACCGUGUGGUCAUUUUUGGAAGGAGAUAUCCAUCAGAGGUUAAGUCACCCGAAACGCCUUCUAAUUAUGAAGAAAAAUAGCAACUGACUAAGGAACGAGCAACAGCGAACAGUUGACUGGAAUCGAGUUUGCGGUUUGAUAUCCACCCCCCCCCCGAUACACGGUUCAGAUUAGUUUUAUAUUACUUGAAGUUGUAAACGACAUAGUAAUCGUUAGUAUUUUUUGCGUUCAUGCAAGAAGAUAUGUUUGUGAAAGACAGCAGCCAUGAGUAGUGAGUGACCCGUGGGGUUUUCGCUGCUGUACGCCACGCUUGCUUUGCAUGAACCUGAAGUUGUCAAAAAAAAAAAAGCGAAGCUACAGAAAUUCAAGGACUGUGUUGCACUUUUUACAAGCUGCGCUUUAGGUGUUCUUUCAAUGCACGGGAAUAUAACGUCUAUUUAGUAACGAGAUACAUCCAUAGCGAGUGUUACCGGAAGCGUAAUUCAAUUGAGAGUUGAUAGGUUUCAAAUCGCAUCAAAACUUUGUGGCCUCCUGCCCAUUAUUCAGCUAACGGUGCCGUUAGCCAGCAGCUAGCUGACGUUGAAAAGAAGACUCAAUGCGAUGCCAUUUAUUGCAAAAGUGAGACUUUAACCUUUUUGUUUUCAGCCACAAUGAUUCUCACGGUGGCGUUUGUUUGUGGCCAUGUUGAAUAUCCCUCGGACCUGUGCAGUUAACGAGCUGAAGUUAACUAGUAGUGAACACGUUGGACCCUCCGCCCAUUUUUUUUUUCCGGGAUGAGCGUUUUUUUAUAUUUGUUUUGUUUACCUGUGAUUUAACUAACAAACCAUAACGACAGAAAACACCUUGCCAGCUCAUUUUAAUCGAGUUGACUCUGAUUCCCCCCCCCCCCCCCCGGACAGUUACUGUCUACUGUGUUUUGUUUUUGUCGGUCUGAUAUUGACUAGAGUUGAGUCAAUAUGUGUCCGCGGACUUUCCUUGUGUUUUUGGUGACUGCUGUCUGCGUAUGGAAUUGUCAGCAGACGAAUGGAGAAAGUACAGAAAUCUCCAAUGGGAUCUGCUCCAGUAAGGACAUCCGGAACAACGUGACCAACCUGCGCUCCUUGGAGAACUGCACGGUCAUCGAGGGCCACCUGAAAAUCAUCCUCAUGUUCAAGACCAAGCCCGAGGACUUCAGGGGUGUCAGUUACCCAAAACUGACCGUGGUCACAGACUUUCUGCUCCUGUUCAGGGUCUACGGUAUGGAGAGUCUCAAAGACCUCUUCCCCAACCUCACCGUGAUCCGAGGAAACAACCUAUUCUUCAACUAUGCUCUGGUCUUCUUUGAAAUGCUGCAGCUCAGGGACAUCGGUCUCCAUAGCCUGAUGAACAUCACCCGAGGAGCGGUGAGGAUCGAGAAGAACCCGGACCUCUGCUACCUCUCCACCCUGGACUGGUCCAAGAUCCUGGAUACGGUGGAGGACAACUAUAUUGUGUCAAAUAAGAAUGACAGGGAGUGCGGGGACGUGUGUCCCGGGGCGCUGGCCAAGGGGAAGGCUACCUGUCAACAGACCACCAUCAAUGGGAACUUCAACGAACGUUGCUGGACGCACAAGCACUGCCAGAGAAUGUGUCCCACCAGCUGUAAGCACCGGGCCUGUACCAGAGACCACCAAUGUUGCCAUGAACAGUGUCUGGGAGGCUGCUCUGAGCCCCACAACAGCAGCAGCUGUGUUGCCUGCAAGAACUCCAGCACCAGCAAUGCCUGUGUGGACCGCUGUCCGCAGGGAUACUACACCUACAGGGGCUGGCGCUGCGUCCCCUUCUCCUUCUGCCAGGACCUCCACAACAAGUGUCAGCAGAGCAAGAACAGUGACUGCCACCAGUUCGUCAUCCACAAUGGAGCCUGUAUACCAGAAUGCCCCUCCGGGUAUACUACUGUAAACUCCUCCACGUUGGUCUGUACUCCGUGUGCUGGGCUAUGUCCUAAGGUGUGUAUGGGCCUGAAAAUGGUGGACUCUGUGACAGCAGCCCAGGCUCUGAGAGGAUGCACCGUUCUCAACGGCAGCAUGGAUAUCAACCUUAGAGGAGGAAAUAACAUAGCAGCAGAGCUGGAGGCUAACCUUGGACAGCUGGAGGAGAUUACAGGCUUCCUGAAGGUCCGGCGCUCCUACGCUCUCGUCUCGCUCUCUUUCCUCCGCAACCUACGGGUCAUCAGAGGGGACACACUGAUGGACGGGGGCUACUCGUUCUACGCACAUGACAACCAGAACCUGCGUCAGCUGUGGGACUGGACCCAACACAGCCUGAGCAUCCUGCAGGGACGCAUGUUCUUUCAACUCAAUGCUAGGCUCUGCAUGUCAGAGAUACGCAAGAUGGAGGAGGUGACGGGCACCAGGGACAGGCAUACCAAGAACAACAUCGUAUCGAAGACCAACGGAGACCAGGCCUCCUGUGAGAACCAGGAGUUAAGGUUCACUCAGGUGCGUGCUACACAUGACAAGAUCAUGAUCAAGUGGGAACCUUUCUGGCCCCCCGACUUCAGAGACCUGCUGGGCUUCAUGGUCUUCUACAAGGAAGCGCCUUACCCCAACGUGACAGAGUUUGAUGGCCAGGAUGCGUGUGGUUCCAACUGGGUGAUCAUUGACCUGGACCCCCCAGCCCGGGCAACAGACGGAAACGCACAACAGGAGCCAGGUACCCUGAUCUUGGCUUUGAAGCCCUGGACGCAGUACGCCAUCAUGGUCAAGACCCAGCUCUCUGCCUCUGAUGAACACCAGGUCCUCGGGGCCAAGAGCAAGAUCACCUACGUCAGGACAGAUGCCACCAAGCCCUCGGUGCCCCUGGACCCCAUCUCCUCCUCCAACUCUUCCUCUCAGAUCCUCCUGAAGUGGAAACCUCCCACGGAUCCCAACGGGAACAUCACUCACUACCUGGUGUACUGUCAGCAGCAGCCCGAGGCCAGCGAACUCUACAAGUUCGAUUACUGUCAGAAAGGUAUGAAGCUGCCUUCGCGGGUGCCCACCCAGGUCGACAGUGACGAAGAGGCUAAGUGGAACCAGACUGAGGAUGAGGGUCAGGGUGGCCGCUGUUGUGCCUGUCCCAAAACAGAAAAACAACUGAAGAAGGAGGCUGAAGACUCAGAGUACCGCAAGACCUUUGAGAACUAUAUCCACAAUGAGGUCUUCCUGCUCAAAUCAACCAGACAGCGCCGCUCAGCCAUGGGUGUAGCUAAUGAGACGCAGCCUGCAUUCGUGACAAAGCCCCCCACCGGGCCGGAAGGUUACUCCACCAGCGGCCCAGACGAUGAUGAGGAUGGUGCGGAGAGCACUAAGAUCCAGCUGACAGUGUUCUCCAAGGAGUCCACGGUCAUCUCCGGCCUCCGACACUUCACCUCGUACCAGAUCGAUGUGUUGGCCUGCAACCACCUCACAAACCCAUCACGCUGCAGUAUGGCAGCCUUCGUCUCAGCUCGCACCAUGCCUGAGGACAAAGCAGAUGACAUCGUGGGCCCCAUCAGCUAUGAUGUGUCUGAGUACUCUGUUCAAAUCAAAUGGCUGGAGCCUAAAGCUCCCAAUGGAAUGAUCAUCCUGUACGAAGUCAACUACAAGAGACUGGGAGACACAGAGGAGUUGCACCACUGUGUGUCCAGGAAGAUGUACCAACAGUCGGAGGGCUGCAGGUUGAGAGUGGUGCACCCUGGGAACUACACUGUGAGGAUCCGAGCCACGUCGCUGGCAGGAAACGGCUCCUGGACCGACCCCACACACUUCUACGUACAGGACCUCCGGGUGGACCCAUCCAACCUAUUGAUUAUCAUUGGUCCAGUCAUCUUCAUAGUUCUACUGAUACUGGUGGUAGCGGGAGGAUUCGUCAUAUUCAGGAAGAAGCAAACCCAGGGCCCCUCUGGACCCCUCUACACCUCUUCUAACCCAGAGUACCUCAGUGCUGCUGACAUGUACGAGCCAGAUGACUGGGAGGUGGGCAGGGAGAAGAUUAACAUCCUACGAGAGCUGGGUCAGGGCUCGUUCGGCAUGGUCUACGAGGGCAUCGCCAAGGACAUCGUGAAGGGAGAGCCAGAGACUCAUGUGGCAGUGAAGACGGUCAACGAGUCGGCCAGUCUGAGAGAGAGGAUAGAGUUCCUCAACGAGGCCUCCGUCAUGAAGGGCUUCACCUGCCACCAUGUGGUGCGUCUGAUGGGUGUGGUCUCUAAGGGCCAGCCCACUCUAGUUGUCAUGGAGCUGAUGACCCAUGGCGACCUGAAGAGCUACCUGCGCUGCCUCCGCCCCGACUCUGAGAAUAACCCUACUGGGAGCCCGCCCCCCACGCUGAGGGAGAUGGUCCAGAUGACAGCAGAGAUAGCAGACGGCAUGGCCUACCUCAACGCCAAAAAGUUUGUCCACAGAGACCUGGCCGCUAGGAACUGCAUGGUGGCGCAGGACUUCACUGUCAAGAUAGGAGACUUUGGUAUGACCAGAGACAUCUAUGAGACGGACUACUACCGUAAGGGAGGGAAGGGUCUUCUUCCUGUCCGCUGGAUGGCUCCUGAGUCUCUAAAGGAUGGAGUGUUCACUGCACACUCUGACUGCUGGUCAUUUGGGGUGGUGUUGUGGGAGAUCAGUACCCUAGCAGAGCAGCCGUACCAGGGCCUGUCUAACGAGCAGGUCCUGAAGUUCGUCAUGGAUGGAGGAUAUCUGGACCGACCAGACAACUGUGCUGACCGGCUACACAAUCUGAUGUCAAUGUGCUGGCAGUACAACCCCAAGCUGCGUCCCAGCUUCCAGGAGAUCAUUGAGAUGCUCCACAAGGACCUUCACCAGUCCUUCCAGGAGGUCUCCUUCUACUAUAGCCAGGAGAACAAGCCUCCGGAGCAGGAGGACUUUGACCUGGACAUGGACAACAUGGAGAGCAUUCCCCUAGACCCAUCCUCUUACUCCCAGAGAGGGGACCACAGUUCCUCUUACUCCCAGAGAGGGGACCACAGUUCAUCUUACUCCCAGAGAGGGGACCACAGUUCCUCCUACUCCCAGAGAGGGGACCACAGCUCUGAGCGGGACGAGGCGGGUUCGUCACUGGGGUUGAGACAAAACAACUACGAGGAACACAUCCCGUACACACACAUGAACGGGGGAAAGACUAACGGACAACAGACACUAGCCCUCCCUCGGUCUAGUCCCUCCUAACAGAACAUUAUAUGGGGGUAAGGGUCUAGUCCAGGGGUUUGCAACUCUAGUCCUCUGGGGCCUGAUUGGUGUCAUACUUUUACCUCCAUCCUAUCAAAGACAGCUGAUUAAUCAAAUUUCGUUCUAAACUGAAGAUCAUGGUUUGUUGAUUAUUGGAGUCAGGUGUGUUAGCUGGGGCAAAACUUUGACACCUAUCAGGCCCAUGAGGACUGGAAUUGCCCACCCUCGGUCUAGUCCCUCCUAACAGAACAUUAUAUUGGGUAAGGGUCUAGUCCCCCUAACAGAACAUUUAAAUAGGGUAAGGGUCUAGUCCCUCCUAACAGAACAUUAUAUUGGGGUACGGGUCUAGUCCCCCUAACAGAACAUUUAAAUGGGGUACGGGUCUAGUCCCUCCUAACAGAACAUUAUAUUGGGUAAGGGUCUAGUCCCUCCUAACAGAACAUUAUAUUGGGUAAGGGUCUAGUCCCUCCUAACAGAACAUUAUAUUGGGGUACGGGUCUAGUCCCUCCUAACAGAACAUUAUAUUGGGUAAGGGUCUAGUCCCUCCUAACAGAACAUUAUAUUGGGGUACGGGUCUAGUCCCUCCUAACAGAACAUUAUAUUGGGUAAGGGUCUAGUCCCUCCUAACAGAACAUUAUAUUGGGUAAGGGUCUAGUCCCUCCUAACAGAACAUUAUAUUGGGUAAGGGUCUAGUCCCUCCUAACAGAACAUUAUAUUGGGUAAGGGUCUAGUCCCUCCUAACAGAACAUUAUAUUGGGGUACGGGUCUAGUCCCCCUAACAGAACAUUAUAUUGGGGUACGGGUCUAGUCCCUCCUAACAGAACAUUAUAUUGGGUAAGGGUCUAGUCCCUCCUAACAGAACAUUAUAUUGGGUAAGGGUCUAGUCCCUCCUAACAGAACAUUAUCCCCAUGUCUUUCUCUCACACAGAUGAAUUGAUAUGAAUAUAGUUUUGUUGUUUUGUAUAGAUGAUCACUUUUUUCACUUGUUCAGAGGCCUCCUGGAAGUACACAUCUCAAGGACAUUAUUGCUCUCUGUUGUCAAGAUGCCACCCUCAUUACACUACAGUAUGUAGCCAUGUUGUCCAAUGUCACCCAGGAGAGAACAUACAACCAACCACACGUACACUUUUUGUAUUCAAGAAAGACGAACCUCCCUCUCUACUGCUUCUCUCGUCCUCAAUCUUUUUUUUUCUUUUUUUAAUAUUGCCAAGUUUCCACGAAUGUGUGGCAGAGGUAGAAAUCAACUGUGAAAAUAAUUAAACUUUGGGUCAACCUGAAGGCUGCUAACCCCAGGACUUUCCAGACUGUCCCUUCCCCAAGCUAGGGUCUCUCCCUGGGCAGCUCAGCCCUCGCUGGGUCCCUAGGUCUCCCUGGGCCAUGGAGGUCCCCCAUGGUGUCACUCAGUGUAAAAGUGCCCUUUUUAUCUCUGUCUGUAACCUGCAUCUUAUGUCACGGAGCUGUGUGUCUGUCUGUGACCUGCAUCUAAUGUCAUGGAGCUGUGUGUCUGUCUGUGACCUGCAUCUAAUGUCAUGUAGCUGUGUCUGUCUGUGACCUGCAUCUUAUGUCACGGAGCUGUGUGUC